AUGGCUCAAAAGUUCUUCAUCGCCUUUGCCCUCUUGGCCAUUGCGGCUAUCCGGGCGGCUCCUUUCCACGGCCACGAACACCACGGCCAUCAUGGUGGCGCCACCAGUCAUGCCUCCGUGCACCUAACAUCGCACGACGAUCACCACGAGGAGCACCACGGUCAUCAUCACGACCACGAGCAUCACGGUCACGAUGACCACCACGACUCCCAUGCUGAAUAUGACUUCCACUACGGCGUCAAGGAUCACAAGACUGGGGAUGUGAAGGCGCAGAGCGAGUCACGACAUGGCCACACGGUUACCGGCCACUAUGAGUUGAUCGACGCCGACGGCCACAAGCGGACUGUCCACUACACGGCGGACAAGCACAAGGGAUUCGAGGCCCAUGUCCAUCGCGAGAAGCUCCACGACCACCACGCUCACCAGGCGGAGCACCAUGGCCACGGACACAGCGGCUACGAGGGCGGACACGUUGAGUUCGAGGAGCACUCCUCGCACUCCGGACACGAGGAGCACGGACACGGUCAUGGUCAUGGUCACGGACAUGGACACGGAAGCAGCUCCCACAGCUACUCGCUGAAGCAGGAACACGGACAUGGACACGGACACAGCCACGGCCAGGAUCAUGGCUUCGAGCACGGACACGGCUAUUGA